AACAGAAAUUAACUGCAAAUGUAAUUACAUCCCAAACAUUUCUGACAAUGGAAGCGUUUUCUCUCUAAAAGGGAUGGGAUUAUUGGAUUGGCAAUUUCUCUUAAUCUGAGAAAACUCAUCUCCCACUCCCUUCCCCAUAUCCCCUUUCCAUCCUCUCUCUUCCCCUGAUAUAUACACGCACACGCAUGCACACACGUAUAUUCUGACCAUUUUAUUAGACUGGAAAGUUGAAAGGAAGCAGCCAGCCAGCUACACCCACCCAGCGCUCCCGGGGGUGGAAUAGCAAAGUUCUAGGGCAGAGCCUUCCCUCCCAGAGCCCGGCGAUGCAGUGGUUCUCGUAUACCUGCUCAGCUCCGCACCGCAACUGAAGAUCUGCCGCCGCGGAACAGUUGCGUCUCCAUCUGGCUACCAACCCACCCAAGCUUUCUUCUCCACCACCACCACCUUCCUUCCUUCCCCCUCCUCCCCCUGCUUUCCGUCUUCCCUCUCCACCCCCGCCCCCAAUCUCCUCCUUUUUUUCUCACUACGAGCGGUUGCUGAUGCUGAAGCCGAGCGUCACUUCGGCUCCCACGGCAGACAUGGCGACAUUGACAGUAGUCCAGCCGCUCACCCUGGACAGAGAUGUUGCAAGAGCAAUUGAAUUACUGGAAAAACUACAGGAAUCUGGAGAAGUACCAGUGCACAAGCUACAAUCCCUCAAAAAAGUGCUUCAGAGUGAGUUUUGUACAGCUAUUCGAGAGGUGUAUCAAUAUAUGCAUGAAACGAUAACUGUUAAUGGCUGUCCCGAAUUCCGUGCGAGGGCAACAGCAAAGGCAACAGUUGCAGCUUUUGCAGCUAGUGAAGGCCACUCCCACCCUCGAGUAGUUGAACUGCCAAAGACUGAUGAAGGCCUUGGUUUUAAUGUGAUGGGAGGAAAGGAGCAAAAUUCCCCCAUUUAUAUCUCUCGCAUCAUUCCUGGAGGGGUGGCUGAAAGACACGGAGGCCUCAAAAGAGGAGACCAGCUGCUAUCAGUGAAUGGAGUGAGUGUGGAAGGAGAACACCACGAGAAAGCUGUGGAACUACUCAAGGCUGCUAAAGACAGCGUCAAGCUGGUGGUGCGAUACACCCCAAAAGUUCUGGAAGAAAUGGAGGCUCGCUUUGAAAAGCUACGAACAGCCAGGCGUCGGCAGCAGCAGCAAUUGCUAAUUCAGCAGCAACAACAGCAGCAGCAGCAACAAACACAACAAAACCACAUGUCAUAGGCCCUUGAGGGAAAGCUACUUGAUCAAACAUCUGAUAGUCACAAAUUUGAAACCGUGCUUCAGAAUCCCAGCACAUAGUAAAAGACAACACUGAUAAUUAUACCUGUCAAGAAGCUGUGAACACAUGGUGUAUAAAUUCUUUACCAAGGCAACUCGACACCUUCUUUCUCUGGGCUUGAACCACCACUGCUCACGUGGGCUUUACAUACAUUGACCUUCCAUUCACUGCAGUGGGAAUUCUCAGUGUGCAGAGGGAGAGGUUUUCUAGUAUGCAAACUGAAACAGUGUAAGAAGAAUAAAGUCUAUGACUUUUAAAUAAA